AUGAAUACUCAUCGUUUCUUCUUUAGUCUAAUUCUUAUUUUCAUAACUUUAUAUCUUACAUCAUCAUCUGACUGUGAUGCACAUUCUAAUCAAGAUGAUACUCCAUUUAAUAUUAAAGUUCAGCAAUCACCUUUGAUUCUUAUUGGAACUUCAUUAAAUAAAAAUAUUGAUACUAAUAUUCCAAAUUUAUUUAAUGUUACAUUUCUUGUUCAAUGUAUUUUAAAAGGUCGACCAACUCAACGUAUAAUUCGUGUUGUUCAAGCAGGUUCACUUCUUGGUCGUCGUUCGUGUCAAAGAUUUGAUGUCGAUCGAGAAUAUAUUGCUUUUCUUGAACCAUUUUUUGAUGGAACUUAUCGACCAGUUGAUUUAGAUGAAAUUCCAUAUAAUAAUCAAAUAAAUUUAUUACUUGAAAAAACAUGUGGUCUUUCACGAACAUAUCCAUUCACGGAAGUGAAUGAUACUGAAGCAGGAUUGACUAAUAAAUGUCCAUCAGUUGUUUCAACUGAUUGUCCAUUAGAAACAUCGAGAAUUACCGUUACAACAACAACAAUAAGUACAGUUUUAUCAACGACAACAACAACGAACUCUAUAAUGUUUGAGAAAAGUACAAUUGAUUUAGCAAUAUUGUCACUUCUUCUAGCUGAACAUCAACGUCAAAACUUGAAUUUAACCUUUUUACAAGGUCAAAAUCAUAAGUCGCUUUUUUCAGAUGAUGAAGCACGAAAAAAUCAAGCUAAUCAAUGUUCAUUUAUGAUUAUUAUUAGUUUAACUCAAAUUAUUUUUUGUAGUAUUCUUCGUCUUUUUUUGUAG